UAUAAUAUAUUCCAUAAAUUGUUUUCUACACAUAAUAUCCGAAAAGAAGUUGAAAUUUUAAAGAUCUUAAUUAACCCAUGUCGAUCACAACGUGUUUGUCUUCUCAAAUAAAUUUGCAUGAAACCCUAACUCACAAAUCCUAUGUUAGCCUUUCAUUCAAUCCUAUUUCUGGUUUUCCGAUCAACAAACACACCAUAGCGCUAGCUCCGCUCACAACCACCAACAUCGCCGCCAGUAGAUGGGAAUCCAUGAUCGCUUAUGCCAACGUGGAACCCGCCGGAACACCAUCUCCACCACCUACUCCUCCUUCUGGUUCCUGGAAGAAUUGGGCUAUUGGGAUUUUGAUGACAGUUGCCGUCCCUUCUGUUACAACCAAAGGAGGUCCAAUCAAAUUACUUCUACAGAAAGUUGACCACAUAGUGGAUACGGCGGAGCAUAUAUCGGAUAUAGUGGAGUCGGUGGCGGAUAAGGUGGACAAAGUGGUGGAGGAACUCGAAGAUGAUCUGCCGGAAAAUAGCCAAAUCAAGAAGACUCUUGAUUACAUCGAACAGGUGGCUGAAAGAGUGGAAAAAGAUGCUCACACCGCCGGCGAUUUCAUUGACAAGUUUCAAGAAAUGCAAGAGAAGAUAGAGGAUCUAAUGGAACCCGUGCUAGAGGAAGCUAGGGAAGUCGCAAAAGAAACCAAGGAAAGAGAAAAGCACAAAAACAAUGACAUUGAUUAAUUAAUACUGAAACCUUGUAAAAUUCUGAUCAACGGGUCAAAGAGACGAGUAGCCAGAAAAAUCGGUGUUCGGCAUCCACAUGGCAUUCAACUUCAUAUAUUUAAAUGGAUUGUUAUAUUAUUUUUCUA